AUGACCCCUACACAAAUCAACAACCUGGAGGAUCUCUUCCGCUUCCACAAAGACACAAGAAUCGUCAAACAUAAAGCAACCCGACUGACUGCACCUGGUGAAAAUUAUGGGAGCCUAAUGCUCAAAAUAGACGUCGCUGUGGAAACCUCUGCGGGACUCGACGAAAUCCACGUUGUAGCGAAAACGGUGCCACCCGAUGAAACCACUCAACAAAUGUUCAAUACCGAGAAGACUUUCCGUAACGAGAUAGCUUUCUAUAAAGAGAUGGUACCGCUGUGGCAGAGUUUCCAAAGAGAGCAUGGAGUGAAAGACGUUAUUGAUUGCUUCCCCAAGUACUACUGUAGUAGGUUAAAUUUAAACUGUGACACAACUAGAGUGGACUCGAACGGGGUACUACUUUUGGAAAAUCUGAAAGUGGCAGGCUACGAGAAUGUCGAACGCACGCAAGGGUUUGAUUUAAACGCAGCGAAGCUAGUGGUUCGCGACUUGGCGCAUCUGCACUCAGUAGCUUUGGCACUACGACUUCAAAAACCGUCGAUUUUUGAGACACAAGUACUACCGUAUUUGUCACCAUGGAGGGUGAGCGUCGACUUCCACUACAAAACUAAAGCGAAACUCGAAAAAAAAAUCGGUACUAUCCCAGAAUUGGAGUCUUUGAAGGAGAGGAUUCUUGUAGCAUUCGACCAAAAACUCAAACCGUCGGAAUGCAGAGAACCUUUUGCUACGGUUAUUCACAACGACUGUUGGGUCAACAACACUAUGGAGUGCGCGUACGCGUCUCCUGCGAAAGAUCUCGUUUUCUUUUUGUUUUCGAGUGUGAAGAACCAAGUUUUGGAGAAACAUUACCAGGAGUUGGUUGAGUGGUACUACCAAACUUUUGUGUCUAUGUUAAAGCAGCUGGGGUGCGAUCUUCGGUUGUUUUCGUUUGAGGGGUUGGAGAGGGAGUUGGAUUUUGAGGCAAGGCAUUCACAGUUUGGGCAUUUGAUGUUCAUGCUUUACCCGAUUUUUGCUCCUAAGAAUGACAAGUUGGCGGAAUGUUCGCCGGCUGAUUUGUUGGAGAUUGUCCCGACGGAGUUGCAUAAGGACAAACGAACUUAUACCGCUGAAACAGUACCUACUAAAACAACUCAAAAUCUUGAAAGAAGGAACGUCGAACAAAUAAAAAAAAACGCGACGGCUUAUUUUAAUGAAAAUUUGCUAAAAAUUUGUUCAGAAUUUUUUGAUAGAACUAAGGAAGCGCCAAAAUUCCUUCCCAGCGACUCUAGGACCUUGUUUAAAUUGGACGAUUACAAUAGAAUGAUGAAACAAAGAUAG